CUCAGGAAUCCGCUCUUGUUACGAAAACGAGUCGACGUGAGCGAGAAACCAAAACACGGCAGAGGACGUGUCUUGGCAAAUUCCCUUCUGCGAAGCCCCACGAAACACUGGUCUUAUAUGUGAAACAUCAUCGAUAAGAUCAUAAUGUCUGUUACAACCAAAAAGAAACAUGUAGAACGUGAGUUGUAUGAGGACUUCUCAUUGCCAGAAGAACAUCAGUCCAUUGUGAGGGUUGUAAGACCACGAGGCAAUAAUUUACACCAGGUGACCACACCAGAUGGGGAGGAGUUCCUAGCCUCCAUGCCGCACAAGUUCCGCAAGCACGUGUGGAUCAAGCGAGGUGACUAUGUGGUAACAGAGCCCAUCCCGGAGGGCAACAAAGUACGGGCUGAAAUUGUCCGCAUUUUGAUGAAGGACCACAUCCGGUACAUAGUGCAAAACAACAAGUGGCCAGCCGGCUUUUCAGAGCAUGAAGAUGAGGAGAAGGAUGAGAAGGAGCCAAGCAAAGAACUUGAGAGAAUAAAGUUAAAAGAUGAUGUUGAGAGUGAUGAGGAAAGUGGAGAUGAUGAUAGUGAUGAUCUUUUAAUGGAAAAUCCAAACAGACCUGUGGUAUAUGUUGAGGAAACAGAUUCUAGUGAGGAUGAGAGUGAAGAAGAUGAGACUAGUGGAAGAGAAGAAAAAAAUAAUUAAUGUUUUCACCCUCAAGAACUUUGUGGUAAACAUUAGAAAUGACUGGACACUUUCUUCUUCUCAAAACUAAAUGUAUACUUAUAAUAGGCCCCAAGUUGCUUUAAUUUGGUAUGGCAGCAAUCUUUGAACAUUUUCUUUUUUAGUUUUAGAAACUUUUAUAUAAGAUAUUAUUUCUGUCAACCUAUUGUUCUAUCAAAUACACAUCUAUGGACCUUAAGGAUUUACUUAAACAUAGUGCUUAGUCAGUUAAUCCUUAUGGGAGAACUGCCUUUUGUAAUCUGAAUACACAAGAACACAGUGAAUUUGCAUUUAACCCAGUGCCCCCAAGGAUGGCAUCUAUGUAUCUAUGUACAUGCCAUGCCUACACUGAUGUCUCUACGAGUGCUUAGUCACCAAGAAGUCAGUUACUCAUCCUACCUAUCUCACCUAUUUAUUCUUUUCCUUGAAUUUUGGAAAUAUUCUUUAUUUACAUAACAACAAUAUUAUUACCAUUAGAAAAAAAAAAAAACCAAAAAGGAAAAGGGCAAUCAGGCCAGAUCACGUGGGUCAACUAAUUAACAUUGGUCACUUGUGGAGCCAUGUGUGUGUAAAUGCAUUUUACCAAAUAGUAUUGCAGAAUAUAAUUUCUUGGCUGCAAUGAGUUAAGUAGUACAUUAUUUACUAAUCACAAAAAAGUAAUUUUGUUUUAUUUUUUUUAUAGAAAUUUGUAUUAUAAUCAUAAUUAUGCAUAUUUUUCUGUCAAGCUAUAGCAUAGAACUGGAAAAAAAAUGAUUUUUGUUGAAAUUUUCAGGCUACAUUUUAUUAUGUUGUACAGACAGUGUACUCUAAGCAGGAAGUGUUCUUUAGUAGGGAUAAUGCCUUUGGUAAAGGAUAUUAAAGGAUGAUUAUUAUGGAAUUUCCACAUAUACUGUGUCACUACUUUCUUUGAACUUUGUGCUUGGUUACUCUUCUUGUGAUUGUAAAGCUUUAAAGUACCAUAACAAUCUUGUGUAAGUUAGAGACUAGAAGGAUAAUGUUUUCUUUCUUUCUAAUGACCCCAAAAGUUGUGACUGCUGCAUUCUAUGUAUUUCAUGUUAUUCAGAUUGUUUAGUUACUGCAAAUAGGACAUUUAAAGUAUAUCUUUUAUAUUCAGAAAACAGAAUACACUCAAUAAAAGAAAAAAAAAAAAUAUUAUUUCCAUACCAAUUUUCCUAUAUGGUCUUUCAUCAGACUGAAAUGUAGUCAUAUUGCCAAAUGUAGGAGUGAAUGUGAAAAAUUCCAGAUGGUGAGGGGAAUCAUUUGAAAUUUUGUUUAUAUAAUCUUAAUCAGAAAAUCAUUAUUUAAUUAAGGUUGUAUAAACAAAAAUCAAAUAUAACACAUUUUUGAGGAAGACUGAUAAAUUAAAUGUUUGUGGCCUUCAAAGCAUGGCAGGCCAACCAGGCAUUCUUAGUGGGAAUAUUGGAGUAAGUGUUCUCUUCACUUUCCCCAUCAUUACCAGUUUUUAUCCUGGUAGGUGCAUUUUUUCCAUUUUAUAUUCUGACAUAAUGAAAUGGAAUGGUUUUACCUAUGCACAAAAAAGUGGCUGUAUGACAAAUUUGGUAUGGUAUAGGAGCAUUUAACCAAGAACAGCCUCAAAACUGAAGUAUGCUAAAGUUAUCUGAAAUAGGAUUUGCAUCAUAAGAUUCUAACAGUCUCUAAAUAUGAACCAAUUUUUCUCAUUAAUUAGAAAUUCAAGAACCAAUUUAUUUUGCAUAAGUUCUUGCUGUAAGUAAAAAAGGAACAUUUAAAAUUUCUGAAAUCCAUUUCAAAAUCACUUUUAGGCCAUCAUACUUUAUGAUAAUGAAUGCACUUGUAAAUUUUCAUUAACCUUUAUUAAAAACUUUUUUUUUUUUCCAUUUUUACAGUAACCCUAGCACAUUAUGAUAAAAACACACUGGUGCACACCUGCUGAUACACACACACACACACACACACACACACAUCCACACAGGAACAGGAGACAGACCCAGUCUGUAUAGCACCCACACCUGCUACGGCCAAUCAUAAGUGAAUUCCAUGUUCUGGCUGAAAGUUUAAUAAAGGAAUACCUACA